AUGAACCUAGUUCGCGAGGAUGAAUUAUAUGACAGUACAUCAAGAAAAUUAAAGAACAGCAACGUUGUCUUUGCCUUCAACAUCAAGAUACUGAAUCGCAGCGUUCGUAGUUAUCCUGAAAAAGAAGCAAUGGAUUUGAUUAUGAGGCAGUCGCGUUUGGAAUAUGAAUCACGAAACUGUGGAAUGGUGGCUAUUGUUUCCAAGUCGAGGAGAUUGAAGUGUGUUAAGCUUCGGGGUGGUGUUGAUGCUGAUGCAGAAGAUGGUAGACAAGGGAAGAAAAGACGCGUUGGCGAAAAAGAAAGCUGUUCGGUCUGCUUGGAGGAACUGGAGGAUUUCGCCGCCGGAAUGCCUUGUGGUCACCUCUUCCGUGGGAUUUGCAUCUAUAAAUGGUUGGAGAAUAGCCAUUACUGUCCUUUAAUUGUAUUAGAAUUCUUUGAUGAUCGACGUGGUACCUCUUUUGCAGUCAGUUUUCAGAUUGUUAUUGCAAAUAUGGAAUGUUUCUGUAUGAUUGUUAUGAAUAUAAUAGUUUGGUUUGAGAUGUUGGAGACUGAUUAA